CGCAGUCAGUCAGUCAUCCAGCCAGCGGAGCAGCGGGCUGUCAUCCCCACAGGCGACUCGUCACCUUCCCAUUGAGCCUCAUGAAGCCGCCGUCCGGUUAGUAAGACGGACUCGCUGUUGCCAUGGAACCGAAGGAGAGCGGGCUGUUCCUGUACGGCUCCGACUAAACCAAGUGUUUCUGACAGUUAGCUAUGGAGCUAGCUGCUCAUCAUUAACGGCGGUUGGUGCAGUGAAUCCCGGUCGGCAGAGCAUAUCCCAGCCGGACACAGUUUGGAAAUCCUGUUUUAUAACUUAAAUAUUUUUUACAUUCAUCUGGAAGAGUUGUCCGUUAAAGAAAGAGCACCUGUAUUUUAAAGAAAAAGACGGUAAAAAGGGGGGAGAUAAACGGACGUUACAGUGAAGCUACAUUGGCAACGGAUGUCCUAGAGAACGGAUGCGUGAGGACAUGUCCACCAUGGUGUGCGUGAAGGAGGACGGGGACCCUGGGGAGAAGCUGUCCCAGGAUGAGAUCAUCUCCCGGACCAAGCAGGUGAUCCAGGGGCUGGAGGCCCUGAAGCAGGAGCACCACUCCAUCCUGGACGGCCUGCUGGGCACGCUGCGCUGCCUGAAGCAGGAUGAGGAGGGCGUCCUGGUGGAGGAGAAGUCACACAUGAUCCGCAAAUCCCUGGAGAUGCUUGAGCUUGGGCUGAGCGAGGCACAGGUGAUGAUGGCUCUGUCGAGCCACCUGAGCUCAGUGGAGUCAGAGAAGCAGAAGCUCCGGGCUCAGGUACGCCGGCUCUGCCAGGAGAACCAGUGGCUGAGGGACGAGCUGGCCGGGACGCAGCAGAAGCUGCAGAAGAGCGAGCAGAGCGUCGCUCAGCUGGAGGAGGAGAAGAAGCACCUGGAGUUCAUGAACCAGCUGAAGAAGUACGACGAGGACUUGUCCCCAUCUGAGGAGAAGGACUCUGAUUCCAGUAAAGACACUCUGGACGAUCUCUUCCCAGAUGACCAGGACGACCAAGCCCCAGGCCUCCAGCCGACCCAUGCUAGUGCUGCGGUAGUGGCUGCCCAGCAGGGAGGCUACGAGAUCCCGGCCCGUCUGAGGACCCUCCACAACCUGGUGAUCCAGUAUGCCUCCCAGGGCAGGUACGAGGUGGCUGUGCCCCUCUGCAAACAGGCUCUGGAAGACCUGGAGAAGACCUCUGGACACGACCAUCCAGAUGUGGCCACCAUGCUCAACAUCCUCGCCCUUGUUUACAGGGAUCAGAAUAAAUACAAGGAUGCAGCCAACCUGCUGAAUGAUGCUCUGGCCAUCAGGGAGAAGACUCUCGGCAGGGACCAUCCAGCUGUCGCCGCCACCCUCAAUAACCUGGCCGUCCUGUAUGGGAAGAGAGGAAAGUACAAGGAUGCGGAGCCUCUGUGCAAGAGAGCGCUGGAGAUCAGAGAAAAGGUGCUGGGCAAGGACCACCCAGAUGUGGCCAAGCAGCUGAACAACCUGGCCCUGCUGUGUCAGAACCAGGGCAAGUACGAUGAGGUGGAGUACUACUACAUGAGAGCGCUGGAGAUCUACCAGACCAAACUGGGCCCAGACGACCCCAACGUGGCCAAGACCAAGAACAACCUGGCGUCCUGUUACCUGAAACAGGGCAAGUUCAAGCAGGCUGAAACUCUGUAUAAAGAAAUCCUCACCCGCGCUCACGAGAGGGAGUUCGGCUCUGUUGAUGAUGAAAACAAACCAAUAUGGAUGCAUGCUGAGGAGAGAGAGGAACAAAGCAAGGGGAAGCAGAAGGACGGCUCACCAUUUGGAGAAUAUGGAGGCUGGUACAAAGCCUGCAAAGUCGACAGCCCCACAGUGACCACCACCCUGAAGAACCUGGGCGCCCUCUACAGGCGGCAGGGCAAGUUCGAGGCGGCCGAGACCCUGGAGGAAGCUGCCAUGCGUUCCAGAAAGCAGGGUCUGGACACUGUGCAUAAGCAGCGUGUGGCGGAGGUCCUGAGCGAGCCGGAGGCCCGCGAGAAGCAGCGAAGCCGCGAGAGCUUGACCUCUGACACGGUGAAGUACGAGAGCGGGCCAGACGGUGGCGAGGAAGCAUAACUCCAGAUGCCUUGUAAUGGUUCUAAAAAACUUGUCUUCUGCAUGAUGGACGCCUCGCCUCGCCUCGCCUCAACCCCCUCCAGCUUUGCAGUUUUCUUCAGCUCUGACUCCCCUUCCUCUCUCUCUCUCUCUCUUUCUCUCUCUCUCUCUCUCUCUCUUUCUCCUCCACCACCUCCUCCGGGUGUUCUGGUGGGGGAUUCUUCACGCCGGGUCGAAACGAAAUGUUGCUUUAAAAACCCUCCUCUCUGUGGAAAUGUGGAGACGGCUUGUGUGUCUAAAUUCAAGCUUCCGACUUGUCUUUUGAAGCUCUGUACUCGACUGUGUUUUUGUGGGUGGGAGAGGACCGGGGUGAACUUUCUUUAUGGCAACAUUAAACUCUUCUCAUGUUUUCUCUGCUGUCCUUUAACACCAGCCUCUGCUGCUCUCUCUCUCUUUCUGUCUCUCUCUCUGGUGUCUUUAAACUGUACUUUCAUAUUGGCUGUAGACUCAUUUAACAGGUUGUUGGGGGGAUUGUGUGGGAAGCCCAUAAACCGUGUCCUCUCAGCUCUCCUUUAAAGCAGAACUCUUUCCAUUUUGACCUGAAUUUUACAAAUCCUACUGAAACAUUACAAUCCUGGCAAAAAGUCUUCUACAAAAACAGUGAAGUUUUUCACUUUCUUGGAGCUUAAAAAUUGUCGGGAACUGGUUAGGAUCUCAAAAAAACAACAUAAUAAGCAGUUAGUUUUAUAAUGGAACACCCAAGUUGAGAAAUAAUUUUAUUUGAUGCCUUUCAGCACAUUCAUAUAAUCCUUCUUAAGAAGCAAACAUUCAAACCAUACUGCGACAAGGACCCUUUGCCAGCUGUAGAUAAUCUUUGACUCAUAUCAGUCAGUUUUUCAGCAAAAAUGCCAAAAAUCCACUGCGUCCAGUUUCUCAAAUGUGAAGAUUUGAGGCUUUUCUUUGCAGCAGUUUCAAUAUGUCGUCUAAUUAUAGUGCACAAUGUGUCACUGUAUAUGGCAUUUUCAGACAAACAAUAAAUAUAUAAAGAAAAAAAGAAUGGCUGAGUCAUCAAAAAUGAAAGUAAUUGUUAGCUGCAGGCCUAGUGUCGUGUGUUAAGAUAAUGCUCAUAAUGUUGUCUUGAUAGGAGUUAUGUGAGCAAUUCGAUUAUAUAUUUUGUUUUCAAUUUGAUCAUAAUAAUCCAUACAAUUAAAGCAUAUAACUGACAACUGAUAUAAAACACAGAACAUAAAAAAGCAGUAAAAUGGAGAGAAUAUUAAUUUUACAGCAUGUUGUUAAAUCUAUAUUCACCCCUAUAAAUAAAGAUUUUCACAAAUGUUAAGAUAUUAAUGGGACUGAUUUUUUUUAAAGUGCUACAUGAAUCUGAUCAGUUUUAUUUAAAAUUAUUAUUAUAGUAGUUGAGUUCACCACCAGUCCUCUAGAUUGUGUGUGUCACAACAUACUGAUGUUGAUGAUCAACCAAAAAUACCCUUUGAUUAGAUAUAUUUCAGGUAUAAAAUGGUCAGAGUUGAAGCUUUAUCUCCCCCCUCUCUGUCUCUCUUUCUCUCUGUGGAGGUUAGAAGCUUUUCGUCUGCGUUCAGUUAAAUUCAGCAUUUACACUUUCACAGCUUCGUUAGUGGUGACUCAAAGCUCAUAGUGAUUCUUAACAUGCUGUAAAUAACAUCACCGUAACUCGUCAGCAUGAUCGAGAAGCACCGUCGCCUGUGGCUCUAUUAGUCAUUAGUUUUUGUCACUGUGACAAAACUGAUGUUGUGAUGUCAUGGAGAGGACACGGUAAAGGUAACAGGACUCAUGCACGACGUGGUUAAACUUGAUAUAAAACAUGUCAGAAAUGAAGCCUAAACGUCGUGCAUGCAGCCUGUCACCUUCUGUAUAUCUCUGUAUAUAGAUGUGAGGAUGGGUGGAGGUGGAGGUGGAGGUGGAGGUGCAAACGGUUUGCUGUAACGUUGCAUUUGUUGUUUGGCAUUCGGGAAAUGAAAUAGUCUUCUUGUCUCUGUUCUCGGCCCCUUGCUAAUAAGCUCUCUGCGUGUCCUUCCUGUCCUGUUUGUGCAUCUUACAGUUUGUCUUUCUUAACUUCUAAUAAAACCUAAACUCUCUGCUCACCUGAAA